CCAAUCGUACAACACAGAUGACACUUGAAAAUACAUCUCAUAUGCCAACUAAGUCUACAUCUCAGGUACCAACCAACCACACAACACAAAUGACAACAAAGUCUACAUCACAGACACCAACCAACCGCACAACACAGAUGAAAACUAAGCCUACAACUCUGAUGACAACACAGCCUACAACGCUGAUGACAACUAAGCCUACAACUCUGAUGACAACUAAGUGUACAUGUCAGCUGCCAACCAAUCGUACAACACAGAUGACAAUUCAGUCUUUACCCCAGGUAGCAACUAAUCGUACAACACAGAUGACAACUCAGUCUUCACCCCAGGUAGCAACUAAUCGUACAACAGAGAUGACAACUAAGUCUACAUUUGAGGUGACAACUGAUCGCUUAUUACAGAAUACUUGUAUGUGUCCAUGUUCAAGAAUAGAAAACUGGAGUCGCUUUGAAAAUGUAACAAUAGAAGAGUUAGCUAUCCUUUUACAUGAUGAAAUAGAAGCAUUGAAAAAGGAACUAACUGUAAAAAAGAAGUCAUCGUCGAAAUACAUCCGAACAAUAACUUCUGCUCCAGAUGACAGAACAUCGUCAAAAUCUAUGGGAUUUGUCUCUAUUGUUUGUAUAAUAAUUCCCUUUGCUCUAAUUAUAAUGGCUGAUAUCUUAAACAUAUAUCUACAUUUUCGCAAAGUUCCUAAAAAUAAAAUUCGUUUUGUUCGAUGUCAGGGUAGUUCUUCUGUGUAAUGAUGACUUUGAAAAUCAAUUAUAAGCAGAACAUGCAGGAUGAAUAUGAUGAUAUCCAGAAAAUAUGUAAAUAAAC